GGGAGACGUUUGAAGAUAAUUAAGGUAGUAUCAAGGAAAACAGGAGGCUAUCUUCAGAUCUGUGCAGACGAUGCAUGAAGAGAGAGAAGACUAAAAGUACUGGGAUAAUACCACAAGUUUGUACAGACGCAUCCCCAAAAGGACUAUAUCACACAUUUUACUGGAUAAGAGAAGGUUGCAACUAGUUAUUGUUUUUUUAGACAAUCAUUUAUCUAAAAACAUUAACUAGAUAACGAGAAAAUAGAAAGGUCUUGAGGCGCUGGUAAAGCAGUCAAAUCAAAGGGAAUAUAGGAUAUUGUCUUUGUUUGGAGAGAGACAAAAAACAAGUGAUGUCACAGCUUCUAUGCCCUCUGCUUUUCCUGUGUCUGGUACCAUCUGUGGGUAAGUGGAAGAGAAAGGAGUUACAAAUUGAAUACCUAAAUUGCAAUGUGCAGAUGUAUCAUAUACUGUGUGUUUUUGCACGUGUUUAUGUGGGAAGCUAAUUGGUUAAUUGGUGUUUACCUUUGUACAGUGACCUUUGCAUUAUUACAUUAACAACAUUGUUUAAGCCCCUCCCACCCAUUUCCCCCAACUGUCCGUCAUAGGACAUCAGCUCCUUUCCUCUGAUAAUCUUGCACUGACAAUUGUACCUAUUAAAAAUCUGUACAAACUUUCAUUUUACUUUGUUCUUAUGUAAUCAAUAUCUUUCUCUUUCAGUUGCUCUGUUUUGCUUCACCUGUGUCUUCCCUGCCAUAUCCCCACUGGACUGCAUCAAGUUCCCUCAGAAGUGUCCUCCAGGUCAGCUAUGUAUGUCCAGCAAAGCUGUGGGGAAGCGUGGUGAGAGCUCCUUAAGUUACAUACAUUGUGUGUGCCUGCCUGCAUGUUCACCUGAGUGUGUACAAAUAACACCAUUAAUGUAACGCUAACUCGGUCAUAAACACAUUUAAUCUACAGGAGAGUUCAGUGUGACGCUGUAUGAGAAGAGCUGUGUCCUCUCCGCCCUGUGUGGCCUGACUGGUGAGAAGUACGCUAUGGGCCUCAACUUCACCUUCACCAAUGAAUGCUGUUCCACCCACCUGUGUAAUGGAGCUGCAGCCCCCGCUGCCCUCUACUGGACUGGCUCUGCUCUCUCUCUCCUCUCAUUCACUCUCUCACUGUGGUGAUUUACCCAUCUUUAAAGAAAAUGCUACUGUCGGUAAAUGUAUAAGGAAAACAUGACCACAUUUAGUUGCCUAGCGUCGUCGAAACGUUUCAAAUAGAAAUGUGAUGAAUAGAGCUGGCAUGAUUCCUUGUUCUAAUUUUCGGAGAGGCAUGUUUGUUCAACAUACCGUAUUUCUAUCUGUCCGUUCCAAAAAGUUGUAUUCUGCUGAACGUGGCCCAGGUGUUUAACGCAAUAAAGGUGUGCUUUCUGUACAUUAAAUAUGGACAGAGGAUAUAUUUUCCAUUGAACUGACCAUUUUCUAGAGUUGAGCAAAAAUAAUGUGCUUAACACUUUUUUUAUUUUACAUCUAGGCAUAGAAUUAACAAUAUCCCACAUGUAUAUGUCAUUAAAGUUGAAAAUGAGAGCUAACAACGUACAAAGCAUUCACUGUAUGGAUAAUAAAUUGUCUUGAUAUAAUCUAUAA